AUCACUCAAUAUUAACCAUGGUCAUCUCUGGGAAAGGAAAUUAUUUACUGGCUCCUUUGCUCAUAUGCCCCUUUGAAUUGUGUAUUUGAUUUUGUCUAUGGUUUGGGGGCAUUACUUUUUUUUUCUGAGACAGGUUUUCUCUGUGUAGCUUUGGAGCCUGUCCUAGAUCUCGCUCUGUAGACCAGGCUGGCCUCGAACUCACAGAGAUCCGCCUGGCUCUGCCUCUCGAGUGCCCAGCUUGGGGCAUUACUUUUGAUAGCCAGUUUUGUGUGCAGAUGUGCAUUAGGAGAGAAAACUUGAGGGUCAUAUUGAUCUUUGAUAGGAAUGCGUGGUUUUGCUUCCUAUAAACACUUCACCUCCUUGCUUUUUUCUCACGUGGUGUGGACACGACUCUUCUCCAAGUGGCUUUGCAUCUGAGGCAGUGGUGCCUGCAGGUGGCUUGGCACAGUUCUCCAACUAAGCAGGAGCUCUGCUUCUCCUUGGGAGGGGCGCGGGUGCCUUGGGAACGGAGUCUGGAAUGUGAUGGAGGCCAAGAGGGUCGCGGGAACGGGUCCCUAGCUGCUGUGCUGCGCAUGUGCAGUUCAUCUUCAUUGUUCGCUCCCGCGUCCUGCUGCGCUCGGAGGAAACCCUCAGAUCCUCAGGGUCCAAGCGUCGCUCAGAGACCCGGUACCCAAGUCAGGCGCGCCCACCGUCAGGUUCAAAGUUCUCUGGAUCACAGAUUGUGUGAAGAAAAAGAAGAGCACACAGAAGCAGGACUCUCCCCACGGGAGACCCCUCCUCUCUUGGGUGCAGCUGAAGGGCGGAAGCCCAAGAAAGAGGCAGAGUCCACAUUCAGCUCGAGAAGCGCCUGCUGAGCCUUGUGCUGGGUAACGUCGUCUCACUAGACACCUGUCCAGCGGCAGCAGCGUGGGCCGGCUUCCAAGAGAAGGAGGCUCUUACCAUCUGCCUGCAAGAACUUGCUAGUGACCAAAUCCUUGAGACCCGCUGAUCCCAGGCCACUGUCCACAUGUCUCAGGUAAGUCGAUAAGUCAAGUGUCUUGAAACAAAACAAAGCCCCCUUGGAGACACUGAAACCAAAGAACUGACUUAAAGCACACUGUCCCUGUUGUCAGCAGUUCCUACACGUCCCUCCAGCUGGGAUUUGAGAGGUGGCUCCGCAGUUAAGAGCACUUGUUGCUCCGGAAGAAGACCUGGGUUGGGUUCCCAGAACCCACAUCAAGCAGCUCACCUGUAACUCCAUUUCCAGGGAAUCAGAUAUCAUCUGGUCUCAGUGGGCCCUUGCACACAUGUUCACACACACACACACACACACACACACACACACGAAAAAAUAAAUUGUUUAAAAAUAAAUUAUUUGAGUUCCAGGGCUAAGGAGUUAAAAUAUAUGCAGAAAAGUAAAUCAACAGAUACUUAUAACAUCUUCAUUGUUAAACUGUUUUACACACACUAGGUUCAAUGUUGCACAUCUUUAAUCUCAGCAACUUGGGAAGAAGAGGCAAGUGGAUCUCUGAGUUUGAAACCAGCCUGGUCAACAUUGAGUGUUCCAGGCCAGCCGGGCUACAUAGUGAGAUCCUGUCUUAAAGAAAACAAAACCUAUAAGUUGAUUCACACCUUUUAUUACAGAAAUAUUCAAAACGGUACAAAAGUAGAAAACAGCAUAGAAACUCCUGAGUGUGUGUUGCAGUUUGAGCUAGGGACGGAUCGUUUCAUUGGCUGUCCACCCCCAGCACGCACACGCACGUACAUAUAUACACAUGCACUUAAACACACAUCCAUACUUUUCUCCUUCCCACCUUCCUUUAUAAGAUUAUCUUAUUGUUUUGUAGUGUUUGUUUGAAGCAGGGGCCUUCUGUGUAGCUCAGGCUAAUCUCAAAUGCUCCAUCCUCCUGCCUCUGCCUCCUGAGUGCUGGGAAUACAGUGCUGGAUAUACCGCUACACUCCGUUCGUAAGAUUAAACCCCACACAUCAAAACACGCAACUGGACUGAAGACCUGAGUUAGCUGCUCUAACCAUUUGCCUUGCCGCCUCUUUCCCAGCUUGUCUUCAUGCCCUGUGUGCUUGCUUGCUGUCAGGCCCAAAGAGGCCAUGGUCAUUGUGAAAGGCCGGCAGGAAGCCAGCGCUGGCUGUCCCGAUGAAAAGCCCUUUCUCUGAGCUCCAGGUAGUGAUAAAACUUCCUGAGCAUUCAUCUACCCGCCCGUCUGAAGUGUCGGGGUAACAUCGGACCCCCAGGUGGUCAUUUGUCAGCACAUACAAAUGGGUUUCUAACAAGACUCUGAGGAGCUUGAUGGUGAUGGUCUUUCUCAUGGCUUCUGCCCCCUUUCCUCUCCACAGCCUCUGCAGCUCUCCAGGAACAGACGGACAUGACCACAACCCAGGGGCAAGUGUUGUUCAGAGAUGUGUCUGUGACCUUCACUCAGAAGGAGUGGCAGUUGCUGGAUGCUGCCCAGAGGCACCUGUACAGGGAGGUGAUGCUGGAGACCUACAAGCACCUGCAAGCAGUGGGGUGCGAUGUGACCAAACCUGAGCUGAUCUGCAAGUUGGAACAGGGAGACGUUCCUUGGGAACUUCCAGGUGGCAGCCUCUCAGAAGUCCAGAGGGCCGACUGCAUGACAAGUGAGGAAAACGAAGACAAAUAUUUGAGUCAAGUUUUAUUUGUCAACAACAAAGCACUAACUAAGAAAAGAAGCAAGGCUCUAAAGGAAACAGUUUAUCAGGCCACAGACUCAGUGGCCUCAAGAGAAGUGCACUAUAAGUGUCGCUCAACAGAAACAAGCUUGGAAAAUGUUGCAGGAUUAAUUACUGAUAACAAAAACUGUGCAACAAAAAAGUUUGAUGGUUUAGGUGGGUCUCGGUCCCUGGGUACUAAGUGUGAAAAAGCUCCCAUAGGAUGCAAAACCUGUGAAAGUGACCAAAGGGAGAGAUCCCACCGUCCUGUCGAGGACCUCACUCAACAUCGGAAGACCCUGCAUUUGGAAAAACCUCCUGAACAUAAAAAUUGUGGGAAGAACUCACACAGAAAGACAGCCUCUGUUAUACACGAGGCAGUUCACACAGGACAGGAGCCCUCUCAGGAUAGUAAAUGCAUGCAAGCCACUGCUCACAAGAUCAGGUUCCAGUCUUUUCUAAGAACCCUUAGAGAAAGGAAGGCACAAGAGGCCAGCGAAUGUGGGAAGUCCUCAUGCAUGAAGUCAAAACAUGAACAUCCAAGAGCUCAUAUAAGAGACAAACACUGUGAAUGUGAUAUGCUUGAGAAAUCCUUUAGUGAGAAAUCAGGUCUUACCAGACAGGGGAGAAUGCAACCAGGAGGAAAGCCUGAUGGAUGUAAUGUAAGUGAGAGAGCCUUAAGAAACUCAUCCCACAUCCAAAAUGAGAAAAUUCAUGUGGGAGAAAAGACCCAUGGCUGUGGGAAAUGUGGGGAAACCCUUCACAGAAAGGCAGGCCUUACUCAGAACCAGACAACUUGCACAAAAGAAAGACCUAAGUGUGCCGACAGCCAAACAGCCUUAAAGAAGUCGCGUCUGACCCUAAAUCAGAGAACUAGCUCAAGAGGAAAAAGCCACAAAGGAAAUGAGUGUGAGAAAUCCCCAGCCCCCUCCCUCAGAGGAUCGAAAAGCUCUCGACAUCAGAGACCAUCAUCGUCCGUGGAGGAGAAACCCGAAGAGUGUGAGGAAGGUGAGAAGUCACCUCUUGGUGAAAAUCAGAGUGCUUGCAAAGAACAGAAAGCCUGUGAGUGUCACAAAUGUGAGGAAGGCUGUCCCAAGAAAGCGGGUCUUGCUCAACAUCAGAGCUCAAACCCGGGGAAAAAACCCUAUGCGUGCAAGGAAUGUGACAAAUCCUUCAUGGUGAAGUCAAACCUCACUGAACACCAGAGAACUCACACUGGAGAAAAACCGUAUGAAUGCAAAGAGUGUGGGAAGUCAUUCUGCCAAAAAUCUGCCCUCAAAGUACACCAGAGAACUCACACAGGAGAGAAACCAUAUAAAUGCAAUGAAUGUGGGAAAUCCUUCUGUGUGAAAUCGAACCUUACACAGCACCAAAGGACCCACACAGGAGAGAAGCCGUACAAAUGCAGUGAGUGCUGGAGAUCCUUCUGUGUCAAGUCCAACCUUGUUGUGCAUCAGAGAACUCACACCGGAGAAAAACCCUACAAAUGUCCCGAGUGUGAGAAAACCUUCUACGAGAAAUCUGCCCUCACAAAACAUCAGCGGAUUCACACAGGGGAAAAACCCUAUGAAUGUAAUGAAUGCAAGAAAAACUUCAGCCAGAGGUCAGCCCUCACCAAGCACCAGAGAAAAACACACAAGAAGAAAGCGUCCACCAGGAGCCUUCACGGGCAGAUACCAGAAUCAACAAGCAAAGCUCAUUGAACAUCAACAAAAUCCAAGAGUGGGGAUGCUACCAUGACAACGAGUGUAGGAAAGUAUUCACUAACAGGUUAUUGGGGAAAGAAACUAGAGAUUUAAUGUAGGAUUGAAAACAUAACAAUAUUUCAAACAUGGGAAUGCUUCCAACAGGUAUUCGAUGUUGUUGAUGGAAAAAUAUAUAAUUUUAAUGACUAUGGAGAAAAAUGUCCUUGUGGAAACACUGUCUAACUAGAAGUUAUAUUUCAGAUAUGAUGUGAAACUCAUUACAUGACAGAUAACAGAACGCCAUCUGUUCUUAACAGAAAAUGAAAUAUGGAUCUUUCAUAACAAGGAUAAUUUAGGUUGCUGAUUCAGUUGUAAUAAACAGCCAUCUUUUGCCUACCCAUCUUGAUUUUCUUCACUGGAUUCUCUCCUUUGCUUCUCAGAAGUUUAUUUAAUUUUUUCCAUAGUAAAGAGGACACUGACCAAGAAAAAAGAACCACAGUGGAAAAGACCAAAAAAGCCAAACAAAACAAACAAACAAAAAACGUAUAGGAAUCUAAGCAUUGGAAGUGAAAUGACGCCAGGAACAGCUAACGGAAGCAGCAUGAACAAGAAAUCUCUACGUUAAAGAUGGGGUCAUUGAAUGCCGAGUUAAAAACUAUGUCCGGGGCCAGAAAGUUGGCUCAGUAGUAAAGGUUCUUGCUACAUAAGCCUGAUGACCCCAGUUUGACCCCUGGAAGCCAUGUAAAGGCGGAAUGAGAGAACUGACUCCACACAGUUGUCCUCUGACCCCAAACACGCACUGUACCACACACAUGUUCACACACACACACACACACACUCGUAAUACAUACAAUAAAAUUUCAACAACAACAACAGAAAUACUAAAUCUAGCAACAGGUGGUUUGUAAAAGAGAAGAAGGGGAAGAGGAGGAAGAAAAAUUUAAAGUCAGUCGAAAAGGGAAUUUGAAAGUUAAAAGAUAACAACUAUAUGUAUUUUUAAAUCUAUCCAAUAAAGUGUGA